GCGGUGUAUUUCCGGGUAGACCGGAAGUGCUUGUGGCACAUGUGCCGCUGUGGGAACCUCGCGGAAUUAAACUUUGUAAAUGAGGAGUGAUGUCGGGUCCUGAGCUGCUGCUGGACUCCAGCAUCCGUCUGUGGGUGGUUCUUCCCAUCGUCUUCAUCACCUUCUUUGUGGGAGUCCUCCGUCACUUUGUCACUCAGCUGCUGCACAGCGACAAGAAAGUGGAGCUGCAACAGGUGUCGGACAGUCAGGUAUUGCUGCGUAGUCGCGUCCUCCGAGAGAAUGGGAAGUACAUCCCCCGACAGUCCUUUGCCAUGCGGAAACAUUACUUCAACAACGCAGAAACUGGAUUCUUUAAGAAGGUGAAGAGGAAAGUGGUUCCCAAAAACCCAAUGACAGACUCCAGCAUGCUGACAGACAUGAUGAAGGGAAACAUGACCAACGUCCUGCCAAUGAUUUUGAUUGGUGGCUGGAUUAACUGGGCUUUCUCUGGAUUUGUCAUCACCAAGGUUCCCUUCCCGCUGACUCUGAGGUUCAAGCCCAUGCUGCAGAGAGGAAUUGACCUGUUGUCGCUGGACGCUUCCUGGGUGAGUUCGGCCUCCUGGUACUUCCUGAAUGUGUUUGGCUUGAGGAGCAUGUACAGUCUGAUCCUGGGACAGGACAACGCUGCUGAUCAGUCACGUAUUAUGCAGGAGCAGAUGAGUGGCGCUGCCAUGGCGAUGCCUCCGGACCCCAACAAGGCUUUCAAGAAUGAGUGGGAGGCUCUGGAGAUCAUGGAACAUAAGUGGGCUCUGGAGAAUGUGGAGGAGGAGCUGAUGCGAAGAGAUCUGAACUUUGGGAGCUUCUUCAGCCACGACAUCGAGUCCAGCACGUUCUGACCAGGAGAAGCUUCCCGUGGUCGCUGUGUGGACGGACGCCCCUCACGGGUACAAAAACUGGAUGUGUUCAAUAAAAAUAGUCAUC